UAUGAUUAUGUUGCGGUUGUUAGCCAGCUGCGUAAUUUACGUAUGCCUACUCGAUCGUGCUCAAAGCAUUUCCACAGUUGGCACACCUGGUGAUAAGGUGUCGGUGUCUGGAACGGCACAGUCAACAAAAAUGCCGUUAAUAACCAGCGAGUUCAAGGCCAGUCGCAUAUACGAGUCCUUUCGGGCACUCUCAACCGUGCCAGCAAGCAGCAUGGUCAAAAGUCGCCUAACUCGGCGGCUUGUGAAUGAUACGGCUGCUCUUAAGGCUAGCGGGCCGGGGCGUUCAGCGCGGCCGCGCACCGCCUCAGCGGAUAUGCUUAGCCGGAAUAUAUCAAGCAUUUUGGAGAAUCUACUAAAGCGUUACGAGCAAUCCCAACUGCCCACACAUGGCCAGGGCCUGCCGACUGUGGUUCGCACCAAUAUACUUAUACGCAGCAUGGGACCCGUGUCGGAGCUGGAUAUGGACUACUCCAUGGAUUGCUAUUUUCGUCAGUAUUGGCGCGACAAGCGGCUGAGUUUUCAGGGGCCCAUUAAGAGCUUAUCGCUGAGCAUUAAAAUGCUGGACAAGAUCUGGCGACCCGACACAUACUUCUACAAUGGCAAACACUCGCAUAUACACACAAUUACCGUGCCCAAUAAGCUGCUGCGACUGGACCAGGAUGGCGGCAUACUCUACUCAAUGCGGUUAACCAUUAAAGCCACUUGCCCGAUGGAGCUGAAGAACUUUCCCAUGGAUCGACAGUCCUGUCCACUUAUCAUAGGCAGCUAUGGCUACACCAAUCAGCAACUGGUAUAUGAGUGGCAAAAUCAUGAUGAUGCUGUCUCCUUUGUGCCGGGUAUGACCCUUAACCAGUUCGAUUUGAUCAGCAUGAUGCACCGCAAUUUCACAUCCACCCGUCGCGAGGGCGACUUUAGUGUGUUGCAUGUGGCAUUCAAUCUGAAGCGGCACACGGGCUAUUUUCUAAUACAGGUCUAUGUGCCCUGCAUAUUGAUUGUGGUGCUUUCCUGGGUCUCCUUCUGGAUACAUCGCGAGGCCACCAGCGAUCGCGUUGGCCUCUGUGUGACGGCUGUGCUAACGCUGUCGACCAUUAGCCUGGACUCACGCACCGAUCUGCCCAAGGUCAAGUAUGCGACGGCUCUGGACUGGUUUCUGCUCAUGAGCUUUCUAUAUUGCAUUGCCACGCUCUUGGAAUUUGCCGGCGUACACUACUUCACCAAGCUGGGUAGCGGCGAGUUUCCGCGGCUGGAGGAUGAGUGGGAGGAUGUUGGUGCCUUGGGCUUUUCCUCGGGCGAAAUUGCCGAUGCCGCCGAGGCCAGCGAUGACAGCGAACCAGCCAACUCGGAUAGCGAUGUAUUUGUCUUUGCCGACCACGAUGCACUUCACUGUGAGCUGCCGUUGCCAGCCGAGCUGAAUGGCAGCGGCUACCCCAAACAUAGCACGUUUAGCUGCCCCAUUUAUAAUAAUCAGCAGCAGGCGCCCGCCCACAUAUUUCCCAAACUCUCGUCGCAUGCCUCGACCAUGGAGCGCACCACACAAACUGAGCCGCCCGCCGUUUCACGAAUGCGACAGAUGUGGCUCUGUCUCAAAGGGGACCUCAAGUUUCGCAAGCAACGCGAACGCGAUGCCGCCGCCGAGAAGAGCGGCCAGGGACGUGGCGCCAGUUAUGUGAACAGCAUAUCAUUGAUUGAUCAAGUUGCACGUGUUGCCUUCCCCAUGACCUUUGCCUUGUUCAAUUUGCUCUACUGGCUGGCCUAUGGCAUGUAUAAGAAAGAGUUUUCCUGGUCCAUGAUUAAAGCCUAAUCGAAUGGCUGCUUCCAGGUUGAGCACACAUAACCACAAUUCCCAUUUUUUUUUUUUUUUUGGUAAUAAAUAAAGAGUUGCUAUUGAACAAGA